CAUCUUUCCCUCGAUCCUGACUAGUCUCCCAGUCCCUGCCACUGAAAAACAUCCCCACAGCAUGAUGCUGCCAUCACCAUGCUUCACCGUAGGGAUGGUGCCAGGUUUCCUCCAGACAUGACGCUUGGCAUUCAGGCCAAAGAGUUCAAUCUUGGUUUCAUCAGACCAGAGAAUCUUGUUUCUCAUGGUCUGAGAGUCCUUCAGGUGCCUUUUGACAAACUCUAAGUGGGCUGUCAUGUGCCACUGUGUUCUUGGGGACAUUCAAGAACAUUCAAGAACAUUCAGUGCUGCAGAAAUGUUUUGUUACCAUUCCCCAGACCUGUGCCUCGAAACAAUCCUGUCUGGGAGCUCUACGGACAAUUCCUUCGACCUCAUGGCUUGGUUUUCGCUCUGACAUGCACUGUCAACUGUGGGACCUUUUAUAGACAGCCUUUCCAAAUCAUGUCCAAUCAAUUGAAUUUACCACAGGUGGACUCCAAUCAAGUUGUAGAAACAUCUCAAGGAUGAUCAGUGGAAACAGGAUGCACCUGAGCUCAAUUUCGAGUCUCAUAGCAAAGGGUCUGAAUACUAAUGUAAAUAAGGUAAUUCUGUGAAUCUAGUGAAUGGAGUGUUUGGAGGCUCUAUUGUGAUUAGAAUCAACAAUGACUACAUUUCCCUCACCAGCAAGAGACGCAAUCACUCCCUGAGAGUUCCAGUGACCUUUGACCCAAGUAUGGCUACCACCCAGGGGACCACCGUGCCCCCCUCCCAAUCCCCAGGUUUAGGUGUACCCACCCUGGUCACUGUAGACAUUGUGGUGCUCGUUGUCUACUUCCUCCUUGUACUGGCUGUGGGCCUCUGGUCCAUGUGGAAAACCAAGCGGAGCACGGUGGAUGGAUACUUCCUGGCAGGAAAGAGCAUGUCCUGGUGGCCGGUGGGCACCUCUCUGUUUGCCAGUAAUGUGGGUAGCGGCCACUUCAUGGGCCUGGCUGGCUCAGGAGCGGCAGCGGGCAUCAGUGCUGUGGCAUAUGAGUGGAACGGGAUGCUGAUGGUGCUGCUCUUGGGUUGGCUUUUCCUGCCCAUCUAUAUUGCUUCCGGGGUGACAACCAUGCCUGAAUACUUGCAGAAGCGAUUCGGGGGGAAGAGAAUACAAUUAUUCAUAGCUAUUUUGUAUUUAUUCAUUUACAUCUUCACAAAGAUAUCGGUGGAUAUGUAUGCUGGGGCAGUGUUUAUUCAACAGGCCCUGCAGUGGAACAUCUAUGUAGCUGUGGUGGUGCUUCUGCUCAUCACUGCUCUCUACACUGUAGCAGGUGGUCUGGCUGCAGUCAUGUACACAGACGCUGUCCAGACUGGCAUCAUGUUGAUAGGAGCACUCACCCUCAUGGGCUUCAGUUUCGCUGAGGUGGGGGGCUGGAACGCCCUCCUAGAGGGGUAUGCUACGGCCAUCCCCUCGGUCCGCGACCCCAACACCACAUGUGGCAUCCCCCGGGACGACGCCUUCCACCUGUUCCGUGACCCUGUGACCUCUGACCUGCCCUGGCCGGGCAUCCUCCUGGGCAUGUCCAUACCCUCCAUGUGGUACUGGUGCUCAGACCAGGUGAUAGUGCAGCGCUCCCUGGCUGCCAAGAACCUGCUCCAUGCUAAAGGAGGCUCCCUGCUGGCUGCCUACCUCAAGAUCCUGCCCUUCUUCAUGAUGGUCCUGCCCGGCAUGAUCAGCAGAAUACUCUACCCAGACGAGGUGGCGUGUAGUGACCCUGAGGUGUGUACUGAGGUGUGUGGGAACCCAGUGGGCUGUUCAGACAUCGCCUACGCCAAACUGGUCAUGAAGCUACUGCCUUCAGGUGAGGAAGUCUUCUUCUCUCUGUAACAUUUUGUAUAUCUCUUUCUAUCUGUCUUUCUCACUUCCUGUACACACAAACACCUUGUGGUAUCCCAGGAGGUCUACCCCGGGGGGUGUUAAUAGAGGGGAGGUACGUGAGGCGACGUUGGCUACCUCUGCUGGGAAUACGGGAGCUGUGCACCCUGACACGGACAGCUCUAAGUGGAGGUAAUUAGAGGAAAGGGCCAAUCAGCCGUGGAGGCCAAAUAAAAGGAGCACGGAGGCCCACCGCGGGAAAGAAGGGGGAGAGACCGACACCAAGCAAAAGUAGAGAAGA